AUGGAUGCCGACGGCGACAAAAUAGAGAACACGACGCCUCCCACCGAGCUGUUCGAUGGCAACAAAACUCGCAUACACAAACCCCUGUUUAAGGCAAAUCACGAAAGCGAAAGGAUGCAUGUCGCUGCUUUCGAAGUGCUUGAGGAAAAUUUUACGGAUAUACCGCACCUGGAAGAAACUAUCAUCUCGCGACAACCGUUCCCAUGUCCGAUUGCUUCUUGCCGCCAGGCUUGCUGUCUGUUCAUGUUUGCCACGCACAUCACCUUCGACCAUAAGGAUGUACUGGUGGAUACACUGUGGUCCGGUGAACCAACCACGGUACUGAUCGAUCCGUACACGGCGGACGUUGAUCAGCCUCGUUGUCAUAAGCUGCAUCUUCUAAGUGGCAAAAUCAGAGGUCUUGGCGAUGGAAAGCAUCGCGAUAAACUGCCCUUUGCGCUAAUGUCUUCAAAAUUUUCACUGCAAGGUUCGCUGCGAUUAGUACUGUGGAUUACUGGGCCCGACGCAGGUGGUAGUCUCCGGCAGCAUUACACCUUGGAGGCUGGGCGUAACGAACCGAACAGGCUGCUCCCGUACGCCGUAGCAUUUAGUGGAGAAAUUGUUCCCGUGCACAGCGCGCAGGACGCUGCCGUGAUACAUCAGUCCGGCGCGGGGCUUGUUAUUCCCGAACAGCAGCUGGAUUAUCUUACCGAAUGCCGGACGAAGCUUCUCGAAAUUUGCGUUCAUUUCUAUUGA